AUGGACAAAUCAUUCUCUUUUGAUUUUCUCUCCUCCCAGAACAAGCCGCUGAGACUAUUCGGAAUUGAACUAAUCAACAACGUCCCACCAGCACUGUUAGAAGAAAAAGAAGAGUCAAGAAGAGCAAACCAUUCUUCUUCUUCUUCUUCUUCUUCUUCUUCCAUCACACGCCGCCUGUGUGGUAACCUCGAUGACAGACCAAUGAGAAACGUCAAGACUAGAACACUAUUCCACUGCCAGUAUUGUUUGAAGGAGUUCACAAACUCACAGGCAUUGGGCGGUCACCAAAACGCCCACAAGAAGGAGAGGCUGAAGCAGAAGAGACUCCAGAUUGAAGCACAAAAGUCCAGCCUUCGUCGUUACCUUCAAAACUACUUCAAUUCCCAUUUUUCCCAUGAAUUUGAUGGCUCCCACAUCAGCUUCACCUUCCGUACCAGUAAUGAUUUUUCUGUUGCCGCUUCUGAUCCUGCCUCUGCUCCUGAAUUUCGUCUCUUCCCAUUCUUCUGA